ACAAAAAAUGUAGUAUAUGGGCCCUUUAAAGGCAUUCCUCUAAACUCCUCCUUCUGUGACAGCCAGGCUGAUGGAGUUAUAAAAGCCACCAAGAAACAAAAGCAAGCUUCAGCUUCUGCUCACAUCUGGACGAAAACGCACAGAAGACACCGCUGCAUGUCUUUACAUGAUGGCCUUGCAGGGUAAAGUGGCUGUGGUGACUGGUGCUGCUCAGGGUUUGGGGAAAGGAUUUGCUGAGAUUCUCUUGCAAAAUGGAGCCAAAGUAGCUUUGCUGGACAUCAAUGAAAAGGCUGGUAAAGAGCUGGAGACGCAGCUUAAUGAAGCAUAUGGCGCAGACAGGACCCAUUUUUAUGCAGCAGAUGUUUCCUCAGACCAGCAGUUUAAAGAUGCAUUCCAGAAAGUCCUCUCAAAGUUUGGCCAAGUGGAUAUAUUCUGCAAUAAUGCAGGAAUCAUCAAUGAAAAGCACUGGGAGAAAACAGUGUCCAUAAAUUUAAAUGGGGUGGUGAGGGGAACGUAUCUGGCUUUGGACCACAUGAAGAAGGAGAACGGAGGACAGGGCGGAGUCAUCGUUAACACUGCAUCAUUAGCAGGUUUGGGUCCACUGCCCCCAUCUCCGAUCUACACUGCCACCAAGUACGGAGUGGUGGGCUUCAGCCGAGCUUUAGCUGCGGCUUCAGAAUGGGCGAAGUAUGGCGUCAGGGUUAACGUGCUGUGUCCCACCUUCGUACGAACGCCCCUAAUCGACAGCUUCAAUUUGGAAGAGCAAACCGGACAGUUUAUCGGAUUAUCGGAUUUUACGCGCUCAUUAAUGGAGAAGUUUCCUGCGCUGGAAGUGGAGGAGGUGGCUAAAGCGCUGCUGCUGCUGGUGAAGGAUGAGAGUCUGAACGGAGCGUGUCUGGCUGUGGCGAACGAUGGAGCCGGUCUUGUUUCUUUUCCAAAAGAAAUCUCCAAAACUCCAGUAUCUCUCUAACACCCCCCACUAAACCCCCCACUAAACCCCCCUCAAACCCCCCUUAACCCCCCCCCCAAACCCCUCUCCACUUACUCUCGUUAUAAUCCCUCACCCCAGUCCUCCGCUGCCGGUGGAAUGAAGCUCUGUGCCUUUCAGCAUUAAUCACUGAAAAACUUAACCUGUCCUCAAAUUGUGUAACAAUCAGAAAAAUGUGUGAAAUAAAUAUGUACCUGUUA